CCGUGCUCGCCUUCCUCACUGCACCAACUCGUCCACAUGGACACCUUGUGUGGGUCCAAGUUCUGGGAUUCCAACCUAUCUUUGCACACCGACAACCCGGACCUCACCCCAUGCUUCCAGAACUCGCUGCUGGCCUGGGCCCCCUGCAUCUACCUAUGGGCUACCCUGCCCUGGUACCUGCUCUACCUGAGACGCAACUCUCAGGGUUACAUCGUCCUCUCCCGCCUGUGCAGACUUAAGACGGCUCUGGGGGUCUUGCUGUGGUGUAUCUCCUGGGCGGACCUCUUCUACUCUUUCCAUGGCCUGCUGCACGGCCAGGGCCCUGCCCCCGUCUUCUUUGUCACCCCGCUGGUGGUGGGGGUCACCAUGCUGCUGGCCACCCUGCUGAUCCAGUAUGAGCGGCUGCGGGGUGUGCAGUCAUCGGGGAUCCUCAUCAUCUUCUGGUUCCUGUGUGUGGUCUGCGCCAUCAUCCCCUUCCGCUCCAAAAUCCUUGCAGCCAUGGCGGAGGGCAGCAUCUCGGACCCCUUCCGCUUCUGCACCUUCUACAUCUACUUUGCACUGGUCCUGUCGGCGCUCAUCCUGUCCUGCUUCAGGGAGAAGCCGCCCUUCUUCUCCCCCAAGAAUGUGGAUCCUAACCCCUGCCCAGAGGGCAGCGCUGGCUUCCUCUCCCGCCUGUCUUUCUGGUGGUUCACAGAGCUGGCUAUCCUCGGCUACCGGAGGCCCUUGGAGGAGAAAGACUUGUGGUCCCUGGACAAGGAUGACCGCUCCCAUGUGGUGGUGCACCGGCUGCUCAAGGCUUGGAGGCAGCAGCAGAAGCAGGCAGCACGCAGACAGAAGGCUGCAGCAGCACUCGGGAAGAAAGGCACCGGCGAGGAUGUGGGCUUGCUGAGGGGCCGACCCCAGGUCCAGGAGCCGUCCUUCCUGAGGGCCCUGCUGGUCACCUUUGGCCCUGCCUUCCUCAUCAGCACCUUCUUCAAGCUGAUUCAGGACCUGCUGAACUUCACCAACCCGCAGCUGCUCAGCAUUCUGAUCAGGUUCAUCUCCAACCCUGAGGCCCCCACCUGGUGGGGCUUCCUGGUGGCCGGGCUCAUGUUCGUGUGCUCCGUGACACAGACCCUGAUCCUGCACCAGUACUACCACUGCAUCUUUGUGACGGCCUUGAGGCUCCGUACAGGCAUCAUCGGGGUCAUCUACAGGAAGGCGCUGGCCAUCACCAAUUCCGUGAAACGUGAGUCCACAGUGGGAGAAAUGGUCAACCUCAUGUCGGUGGAUGCCCAGCGCUUCAUGGAUGUUUCACCCUUCCUCAACUUACUGUGGUCAGCGCCCCUGCAGGUCAUCCUGGCAAUUUACUUCCUCUGGCAGAUCGUGGGCCCCUCGGUGCUGGCUGGAGUUGCUCUCAUGGUCUUGCUGAUUCCACUGAAUGGAGCUGUGGCCAUGAAGAUGCGCGCUUUCCAGGUGGAGCAGAUGAAGUUGAAGGACUCGCGCAUCAAGCUGAUGAGUGAGAUCCUGGGUGGCAUCAAGGUGCUAAAGCUGUAUGCCUGGGAGCCCAGCUUCCUGAAGCAGGUGGAGGGCAUCAGGGAGAGCGAGCUGCAGCUGCUGCGCAAGUCAGCCUACCUUCAGGCCAUCUCCACCUUCAUCUGGAUCUGCACGCCCUUCCUGGUGACCCUGGUAACCCUUGGAGUGUACGUGUGUGUGGACGAGAACAACAUACUGGAUGCCGAGAAGGCCUUUGUGUCCGUGUCCUUGUUCAAUAUCUUAAAGGUGCCCCUCAACAUGCUGCCCCAGCUAAUCAGCAACCUGACCCAGACCAGCGUGUCUCUGAAACGAAUCCAGAACUUCCUGAUCCAAGACGAACUUGACCCCCAGUGUGUGGAGAGAAAGACCAUCUCCCCAGGCUGUGCCAUCACCAUCCAGAAUGGCACCUUUACUUGGGCCCAGGACCUGCCUCCCGUCUUGCACAGCUUGAACAUCCAGAUCCCCAAAGGGGCACUGGUGGCCGUGGUGGGGCCUGUGGGCUGUGGGAAGUCCUCCCUGGUGUCUGCCCUGCUGGGAGAGAUGGAGAAGCUGGAGGGCAAGGUGUCCAUGAAGGGCUCCGUGGCCUAUGUGCCCCAGCAGGCCUGGAUCCAGAACUGCACACUUCAGGACAAUGUGCUCUUCGGCCAACCACUGGACCCCAAGCGCUACCAACGGGCUCUGGAGGCCUGCGCCCUGCUCCCUGACCUGGAGGUGUUGCCUGGCGGGGACCAGACAGAGAUUGGAGAAAAGGGCAUCAACCUGUCCGGAGGCCAACGACAGCGGAUCAGCCUGGCCCGGGCAGUUUACAGCAACUCUGAUAUCGUUCUGUUAGAUGACCCACUAUCAGCUGUGGACUCCCACGUGGCCAAGCACAUCUUUGACCAUGUUAUCGGGCCAGAAGGUGUGCUGGCUGGCAAGACUCGCGUGCUGGUGACACAUGGCAUCAGCUUCUUGCCACAGACGGACUUCAUCAUUGUGCUGGCCGACGGACAGGUGUCCGAGGUGGGUCCCUACUCAGCUCUACUGCAGCGGGAUGGCAGCUUCGCCAGCUUCCUUCGCAACUAUGCACCUGACGACGAGCAGGAGGAGCUAGGCAGCAAGACGGCUUUGCAGGGUACUGAGGAUGACGUGUUGCUGAUCGAAGACACACUCAGCAACAACACAGACCUGACAGAUAAUGAGCCGGUCAUGUAUGAGGUUCGGAAGCAGUUCAUGAGAGAGAUGAGUACCAUGUCCUCAGAGGGGGAGGCCCAGGGCAGGUCUGCGUCCCGGAGGCGUCUGGAUUCCUCCGAGAAGACGGUGCAGGUGACAGAGGCGAAGGUCACGGGGGCGCUGACCCAGGAAGAGACGGCAGCAACAGGCAACGUGAAGCUGAGUGUGUUCUUGGAUUAUGCCAAGGCUGUGGGGAUCUACACCACGCUGGCCAUCUGCCUCCUAUACGUGUGUCAAAAUGCAGCCGCCAUUGGAGCCAGCGUGUGGCUCAGUGAGUGGAGCAACGAGGCCUCGAUGGAACAGAGACCCAACAACACCUCCCUGAGGCUGGGUGUCUAUGCUACCCUGGGAAUCAUGCAAGGGCUCCUGGUGAUGCUGUCGGCCUUCACCAUGGCCUUGGGUGGCAUGCAGGCUGCGCGCUUGCUGCACCACUCCCUGCUGCACAACAAGAUGCACUCACCACAGUCCUUCUUUGACACGACACCCUCCGGCCGCAUCCUCAAUCGCUUCUCCAAGGACAUCUAUGUCAUUGAUGAGGUGCUGGCCCCCACCAUCCUCAUGCUCUUCAACUCCUUGUUCAGCUCACUCUCCACCCUGGUGGUCAUCGUGGUCAGCACGCCACUCUUUGCCGUGGUCAUUGUGCCCCUGGCUGCGCUCUACACCUUCGUGCAGCGCUUCUACGUGGCCACAUCACGGCAGCUGAAGCGGCUGGAGUCCAUCAGCCGCUCGCCCAUCUACUCCCACUUUUCGGAGACGGUGACUGGCACCAGCGUCAUCCGGGCCUACUGUCGCAGCCACGACUUCGAAGUCCUCAGUGACACAAAGGUGGACAUCAACCAGAUGAGCUGCUACCCCUACAUUGCCUCGAACCGGUGGCUGGGCAUUCGAGUGGAGUUUGUGGGGAACUGUGUUGUGCUCUUUGCGGCGCUGUUUGCGGUGAUUGGGAGGAGCAGCCUGAAUCCGGGGCUGGUGGGCCUCUCCGUGUCCUAUGCCCUUCAGGUGACAAUGUCGCUCAACUGGCUGGUCCGGAUGAUGUCGGACUUGGAGUCUAACAUUGUGGCUGUGGAAAGAGUCAAGGAAUACUCAAAGACAGAGACUGAGGCCCCUUGGGUGGUAGAGAGCAGCCGGCCUCCCAAAGGCUGGCCCCCGCAUGGGGAGGUAGAGUUCCGGGAUUACUCUGUGCGGUACCGGCCGGGCCUGGACUUGGUGUUGAAGCAGCUGAACGUGCACGUGCACGGUGGUGAGAAGGUGGGGAUAGUGGGUCGCACAGGGGCUGGCAAAUCGUCCAUGACCCUCUGCCUGUUCCGCAUCCUGGAGGCGGCCGAAGGGGAGAUCCGCAUCGAUGGCCUCAACGUGGCCAGCAUCGGCCUCCACGACCUACGUUCUCAGCUGACCAUCAUCCCCCAGGACCCCAUCCUGUUCUCAGGGACCCUGCGUCUGAACCUGGACCCCUUCAACAACUACUCAGAGGAGGACAUCUGGCAGGCCUUGGAACUCUCUCACCUGCACACGUUUGUGAGCUCACAGCCUGCUGGCCUCGACUUCCAGUGCUCUGAGGGCGGGGAGAACCUCAGCGUGGGCCAGAGGCAACUGGUAUGCUUGGCCCGAGCCCUGCUCCGCAAGAGCCGGAUCCUGGUUUUGGAUGAAGCCACAGCUGCCAUUGACUUGGAAACUGAUGACCUCAUCCAAGCUACCAUCCGUACCCAGUUUGACAACUGUACUGUGCUGACCAUUGCCCAUCGGCUUAACACAAUCAUGGAUUACACCAGAAUCCUGGUCCUGGACAAAGGAGAAGUCGCUGAAUUUGAUUCUCCCACCAACCUCAUUGCUGCCAGAGGCAUCUUUUACGGGAUGGCCAAAGAUGCUGGGCUAGCCUAGAACACCUGCUUCCAAUUUCCUCCUGAUCUGCCCUGGUGCUUGGCAGAAGGGCAGUGACACCAAAUGAACUGGAUGGCAAAUGCCAAAGGAAAGGGGCAGUUUUGAAGAUUUUGCCUCCACAGAGAACCUUCCAGAAUGACCAUGCUAGACAACUGAACAUGGAAGUGAGGCCCUGGAAGUGAAGGACUCGGCUGCCAGGGUCACGGCUGCUGGAGAGGUCUCUUGUGCUUUCGGGGUGUUGGAACCCUAGCCAACUGUUCUUUCCAUCCUGCACUGUUUCUUCAAGGGAUGGUCUCUCUCUCUCCUCUGACUUCCCAUACCUUCUCAAAGUGUUGUGGUUUUGUUUGUUUGAGACAAAGGUAUUUCCCUCUAGAACAGAGGACUGUCGGAUCAGGCUGCACCUUGGAUCUUGAGGCCUGACCCCUGCCCACAUGCAUUACAGACAAAGCACUGAUAAAAUAAAGUGGUGGGCAGCACAC